AUGCCCCCGCGCGCGCCCUGGCGGUCCCUGUCCGCGGUGCUGAUCCUGCUGUGUGGCGCGGGGCCCUCGGAGGGAGGGUGUCCCCAUCCCUGCUCCUGCUACGUGCCCAGCGAGGUCCACUGCACCUUCCGCUCCCUGGCCUCGGUGCCCGCCGGGAUCUCGACGCACGUGGAGAGGAUCAACCUGGGGUUCAACAGCAUCCAGGCUCUGUCCAAAACCUCCUUUGCGGGACUCACCAAGCUGGAACUCCUCAUGCUUCACGGCAACGACAUCCCGACGAUUCCCGACGGGGCUCUGAGCGAUCUCGGUGCCCUGCAGGUGUUCAAGUUCAGCUACAACAAGCUCAAGGUGGUCACGGCCCAGACGCUCAAGGGUCUCUGGAAUCUUCUACGACUCCACCUGGACCACAACAAGAUCGAGUUCAUCCAGCCGCAGGCCUUCGCCGGCCUCACGUCCCUGCGUCUCCUGCACCUGGAGGGCAACCUCCUCCGGCAGCUGCACCCGGACACCUUCGCCACCUUCUCCUUCCUGGGACACUUCCCGCUCUCCACCCUACGGCACCUGUACCUGGCCGAGAACCUGCUGACCGGGCUGCCGCGGGCCGUGCUGGACGGCAUGCCCGUGCUGGAGAACCUCUUCCUCCACAGCAACCCCUGGGCCUGCGACUGCCGCCUGCAGUGGCUGCUGGAGUGGGAGGCCAAGGCCAAAGGGGUCCUCAAAUGCAAGAAGGACAAAGCGUUGGAGGGCGGCCAGGUGUGUCCCGCUUGCUCCAGUCCCCGGGCGCUGAGGACCCGGGAACUGCAGAAGCUCUCGGCGUUGGUCUGCCACAAGCCCCGCAUCGAGUCCCCUCUGAGGCUCAACCACACCCGGGACAACCCGGAAACUGAGGAGGAAGAGGAAGAGGAGGAGGAGGACGACGAGGAAGAGGACCUGGAAGACGCCGCCGCCCUCCCGUCUGCGAGCUGGACCAUCUCCUUCAACAUGAGCGACGCCCACGGGAACACAGUGCAACUGGCCUGCGGCGUCCGGCGGCCCCCGCGGCUGGAGCAGGUCCAGCUCAACCAGACAGAGGCGGCCGAGCUGGACGUCAACGGCACCGUGACCAUGGAGCUGGAGUGCGGCAUGACCCGGGAGAAGUACGAGCAGUUGUGGCAACUCAUCGCCUACUACAGCGAGGUCCCUGUGAAGAUGCGCCGGGACGAUGCACAGCCCGGCCAGUACCUGCAGGACGCCGCGGACGCCGACGCCCUCUACUACACGGGCGUCCGGGCCCACGCUGUGGCCGAGCCGGCAUGGAUACUGCAACCGUCACUGCAUCUACAGCUGAACCGCAGGCAGAGCUCAGCCAACCGGGUCCGGCUCUUGUACUCCUCGCCGUUGGCCCUCACAGUGCCCGCCAAGGACGCGCAGCCACGGGGAACCGGCCCGAGCUGGGUGAUGAUCGAGCCGGGACCCACGGCCCACGCGGUCGCCGAGGGCGCUACCUGUCAACUGAGUUGCAACGUGAAGGCGUCCGAGAGCCCGGCCCUGUCCUGGGUCCUGCCGGGGGGCUCGGUGCUGAAGGCGCCGUACCAGGACCCCGCCGGCCGCUUCUCCGUCCUCCCCAGCGGCGGGCUGAGGAUCCGGGGGGCGCGGAGGGCCGACUCCGGCCUCUACCGCUGCUUGGCGCAGGUGCCGGGUGAGACGGACCAGCUGGUGCACCGUGUCCUGGUGCAGCCGGCCGGGGCCCGGCCAGGCGGAAAAGUCCGGAAGCAGCGGGGGGAGCGGCUCACCCUGCCCUGCGGGGCCCCGGGAGCCGUGCCCGAUGCAGAACUCAGCUGGGUGUUGCCCGGUGGCCGCAUGGUACAGCACAAAGCCAAUGGUUCCCGCACCUUCGUGGAUGGACACGGUGCCUUGAUCAUACCGGAACUGCAACCCGCCGAUGCGGGUUACUACACCUGCCUGGCUGUCAAUCCACAGGGGAAAGACCGAAUGACCGUGGAAGUUCUGGUCAGCCGCCCAGGACCAAGAGCUUCCAAGAGGGGCCGGCGCCCAGUUGGCGGCAGGGCAGGAACCGAGUCUCUGGACGAUGUAGGAGGCUCCGGGCUGAGCCCAGAGGACACGCCGUCCACCAGAGGUUCCCUGCUGCACGCCCACGACCAGGAACUGUUUCUGCACGCGAAGGAUGAGGCCCGGCUGCCGGCCGGCAGGAAGGGGCGCCGGAAGAUGAAGCCCUGGGCCAUGGCGGCGGCGGCGGCGGCCAAGCAACCGGAUGGUCACAUGGCCGAGAGCCGGCGGGCGUUCGAGUCUCGGCGCCGGGGCAGCAUGGCCAGCAAGUCCAUCCACCCGCAGCAGUGGGCGGACAUCCUGGCCCGGGUGCGAGGACGCACGGCCCCCAAGGGCACCCUGGUCCCUGCCACGGCCGAGGCGUCACCGGUACCCACCACGCCCAGCUUGGACGAAGUGCCCGGCACGACUGGCCCUGUGGAGGCGUCGGCAGAUGGGGCCCUCGUGGCCGAGGAGGAGGACCAAACGCCAGACAGUGUGGACACACAUGUCCAGACCCGGCUCACGCACACCGAGGGCUCCUCCGCACCCGGUGCAGUGCCCACCUCCGCAUCCCCAACUCUGCCGCCGGGCACGGCCGAGUCCCCGCUGGUGGCUGCCCCAUGGGCCGAGAGCCCCAUGCAGCCGCCCAGCUCACAACCCGCCGUGGACGCGUCCACCCAGGACAACUCACGCCCCCCACAGCGCGCAGAUGACGCCCGCUCCUCACCACCGCCCCCUGGGCCCACCAAGUCCUGGACAUCAGAGCCGGACACGGUCGCUGCAACAACACAGCCCUGGGAGGGGACACACAGUUCCCAGCGGGGACUGGAGGAGGCACUGCCCACCGCAGCUGAGCCGCCGCACACCCCGCGGAGGGAAAGGGGGCUUGGACACAGCGUCCAGAGGAAGACCGGGGGAGCAAAGGGACACUGCCACCCCAGGGAGCCCCCCGAGAAACACCUGCAGCCCCCACGGCCCUCCCCACAGCCGGCCACGCCGCAGAGACCAAAUCCACCACCCCGGCACUGCAGAGCGUCCCGAAGACACAGCCGGGACCCCCGGCGAGUCCCGCCGGCCCAGGCGGCACGGGUGACCCUGAGACCCUCCUACGGGGGCACCCCCAGCCCCUUCCCUCCGUGGCGCACGGUUACCACCAAGCCCAGAGUCUCCGGUUACCCGCCCUGGGCGUGGCUGAACAAACAGUUCCCCACGCCCAGGCUCCCCGGGGUGCCCCCGCCACGGGGUCCCUCGGCGCGCCCGCAGACCCCCGGGAAAGGGUCCCGCGUGGCCACGGCGGGCACCAGCGUCGUGUUCCAGCCCAGCAACGAACUCCCGGACGUGGCCGGCUCUCGCCCUCCGCCCCGACAGAGACCUGCAUUCCCCGCCGAGUCCGUCGUCACAUUCCCGUCUCUCCGGUGGACGCCCCCGACUCCCCCGGCCACCUCUCGGCCCCCAACCUCAGUUCCUCGGAGACCCGGCCCCAGCGUCCACCCCAGAGUCCUCGGGCAGAGCAUUUUCCACCUGAACUUGGGGCCCCCGGCACCUCCGUGGAGAACUGCAGCCACCACCAGCACCAGCCGGCCCCCAUCCACCCGCACCCAGAGACCGCCUCCAAGCCCCCCGACACCUCCCUUCCAGCCCUCCAGAAAUGGCCCCCAGGGGGGCUUCCGAGUCGUCUCCCCUGGCGGAGCACCGGCCUCCCCGUUCUGGGCGGCUGGGGAGAAACCUCAGAUCAUCACACAGUUCCCGCACACGGCGUCCGUCUCGGCCGAUGGAGAAGUGGCCCUGCCCUGCCAGGCUACCGGGAAGCCGGAGCCCCUGGUCACCUGGACCAAAGUGUCCACAGGUGCCCUGAUCACCCCCAGCACCCGGGUGGGCCGCUUCGAGGUGCUGAGGAACGGCACCCUGGUCAUCCGCGGGGCCCAGCCCCAGGACCGCGGGCAGUACACCUGCACGGCCCAGAACCUGCACGGCGUGGACAGGCGGAGCGUCCAGUUGGCCGUGGUCACGCAGCAACCGCACAUCCUGGCCUCGCGCCUGCAGGACGUGACCGUGCACCUGGGCGACUCGGUGUCCAUGCAGUGCCUGGCCCAGGGCACGCCGGCCCCGCACAUCUCCUGGCUCUUCCCCGACGGCCGCGCGUGGCGCUCGGGCCCCGGCGUGGACGGCAGGGUCACCCUGCACGAGAACCGCACGCUGUCCAUCCGCGACGCCGCCUUCUCCGACCGCGGCGUGUACCGCUGCGUGGCCAGCAACGCGGCCGGGGCGGACAGCCUGGCCAUCCGGCUGCACGUGGCCGCGCUGCCCCCGGUCAUCCAGCAGGACGCGUGGGAGAACAUCACGGUGGCCGCCGGGCGGAGCCUGCACGUCCACUGCACGGCCCGGGCCGCACCCCCGCCCAGCGUGCGCUGGGUCCUGCCGGAUGGCACCCACGUACGCCCCUCGCAGUUCGUGCGCGGCCACCUGUUCGUCUUCCCCAACGGCACCCUCUUCAUCCGCCACCUGGCGCCGCGCGACAGCGGCCGCUACGAGUGCGUGGCCGCCAACCUGGUGGGCACCGCGCGCAGGACGGCGCGGCUGCAGGUGGAGCGCGCGGCGGCCGCCCAGGCGCGCAUCACCAGCGCCUCCCCCGAGCGCACCGACGUGCGCUACGGGGCCACGCUGCGCCUGCACUGCCGCGCGUCCGGGGAGCCCUGGACGCGCAUUCUCUGGCGGCUGCCCUCCAAGCAGACGGCCGACGCCUUCUACAGCCCGGAGCCCCGCGCCAAGGUCCUGGCCAACGGCACACUCCUGCUGACCUCGGUGACGGAACGCGACUCCGGCGACUACCUGUGCGUCGCCCGGAACCCGGCGGGCGACGACUUCGCCGCCGUGCGGGUGCAGGUGCUGACGGAGCCCGCCAGGAUCGUGCCCCGCGACGAGGCCGACCGCCAGGUCCCCAUCGGCGCCGACCUGCGCGUGGACUGCGUGGCGAGCGGCCUGCCCAACCCCGAGAUCUCCUGGGGCCUCCCCGACGGGAGCUUGGUGAACUCGGCCAUGCCGGCAGACCAGCCAAGUGGCGGUGACCGUGGUGGUGGUGGUGUUGGCCAGAGCCGGGCGGCCGGCGGCCGUGCCAAGCGCUAUGUGGUCUUCCACAACGGCACGCUCUACUUCAACGAGGUGGGCCCGGCCGAAGAGGGCGACUACACUUGCUUCGCCCAGAACCAGGCCGGCCGGGACGAGAUGCGGGUUCGGGUGCGACUUCUGAGCUUGCCGGCUGCCAUCCGCAACAAGACCUACUCGGUGCUGCGGGUCCCGUACGGGGACGCGGCCGUGGUCACCUGCGAGGCCCAGGGCGAGCCGGCCCCGCUGCUCACCUGGCUCUCUCCAAGCCACCGCCGCAUCCCGGCGUCCUCCGACAAGUACCACAUCGACGCCCGCGGCACGCUGCUGAUCCACAAGGCCCGCCGCGCCGACAGCGGCAACUACACCUGCGUGGUGCGCAAUGCGGCGGGCGAGGACCGCAAGACGGUGUGGCUGCACGUCCAGCUGCAGCCGCCCACCAUCAACGGGCACCCCAACGCCGUCACCACCGUGCGGGAGGUGGCCACCGGCGGCAGCCGCAAACUCAUCGACUGCCGGGCUGAGGGCGUGCCCACGCCCCGCGUGCUUUGGGCCUUCCCGGAGGGCGUGGUGCUGCCGGCACCUUACUAUGGCAACCGCAUCACCGUGCACCGCAACGGCACCCUGGACAUCCGCAGCCCGCGGCCGAGCGACGCGGUGCAGCUGGUCUGCAUUGGCCGCAACGAGGGCGGAGAGGCCAGGAUGCUGGUGGAGCUCACGGUGCUGGACGCAGCCCAGAAACCCCGCUUCAGCGACCCCAGCCGCGAGGACAUCACCGCACUGGCGGGACACACCAUCAGCCUCAACUGCUCAGCCACAGGCCGCCCGCCGCCCACCCGCCACUGGCUACUCCCCAACGGCACGGAGCUCCGGGCCGGGCAGCGUCUCAGCCGUUUCUACCACGCGGCCGCGGAUGGGCGACUGCACAUCAGUGGGCUGGCGGCCGCCGAUGCCGGGGCUUACCGCUGCCUGGCACGCAACGCCGCCGGCCACGCCGAGAGACUGGUGGCCCUCAAGGUCGGGCUCAGCCCGACCCACGGUCCCCAAUAUCGCAACGUGGUGACCAUCGCCCACGGGGAGACACUCAAGCUGCACUGUAGCGUGCCGGAGAGCGGAAUGGGGGCCAGCGUGGGUCGAACGGGUGUGGGCGGCAUGCACGGCUUCAGCGGGCAGCCCAGCUUGUCGUGGACACUGCCCAGCGGCCUCACUCUAGACAGUCCGCACAGCCAGGGCCGCUUCUCCCGCGCUGACAACGGCACCCUCACCGUGCAAGACGCCUCCGUCUUCGACCGGGGCACCUACGUGUGCCGCGUGGACACGGGUGGAGGCGGCCCGGUGGUCACCACCUUCCCGGUCAUCGUCAUCGCCUACCCCCCGCGCAUCACCACCCAGCCCGCCCCCGUGGUGUACGCGCAGCCGGGCACCAGCGUGAAGCUGCCCUGCAUGGCCGUGGCGCUGCCCAGGGCUGAGCUGGCCUGGGAACUGCCCGACGGGGCUCGGCUGACCACCGGCGUCCAGGCGCGGCUCUUUGGCCACCGUCUGCUCCAACCCGCAGGGCCCUCCACCCUGCAGCACGUCACUGCAAGGGAUUCUGGCGUGUACAGGUGCACCGCGAGGAACGUGAUGGGCGCAGACUCCAAGACCACGUACGUCCAAGUCUACUGA